GGCGCGCGGGAGUUUAUUGUUGGUAUCAAGUGGAGAGCUACAGUUCUAUUACGUUUUAACAUCUAACCUGGGUAAUAAUACAGCAGUUUGGAUAUGUCUCAACUAAAUGAAGGGGACUUGCCGCCGAACCUGUCAUGUCUCAAAAACAUAGACACCCUGCUUCGGUGUCCUAUCUGCUUUGAGUUUAUCAACAUCGCCAUGAUGACUCGGUGUUCUCACAACUUCUGUUCCCUCUGCAUACGGAAAUUUCUAUCCUAUAAGUUAAUGUGUCCUGUUUGCAACUUGCCAUCGACAGAACAAGAUUUGAGGAACAACAGAUUAAUAGAUGACUUAGUUCAGAGCUUCCAAAAUGCAAGGCAACAGCUGUGUCAGACAAAUUUUGAAUCACCCCCCAUUUCCCCUCAAAUCCCGGCUAUGAUGUUCAAAGGCAAAGCAGCAAGACAAAAGACCUUGAAAAAGGAUGCAACCACCCUCAGUAAAUUUUUCCAGAAAAGGACUUCCGCGAUCACUCUGUCAGGUUCCCAAACGAGUCUUCAGCAUCACCUUCCAGUCAAAGAAGAACCUAUUGAGGUGCACGUUCCACAGCCUCACAGCCUCAAGCAGGAAAGUGUGGAGGAAACAACAGGAAUGGUGAAAGAGGAGCUGAUGAACAUACCAGUUUUCCCCUCCACCUCACAAAGCAUUACGGCAGGGAUAAAAGUUGAGUGUCCUGUCUGUGGAGUGGGUGUCUCCGAGAAGCAUAUUAAUAAACAUCUAGACAUGUGCUUGAACCGAGAUGAUAAGAAGGAGGGAUUGAGAAGUUGUAGGCGGCGUAAGGCGAUGCCUAAGCUGUUGUACACCCUCAUUAGUGUUCCAAAGCUGAAGAAGAUGCUUAAAGAAUGCCACAUGUCCGCUCAGGGCAGCAGAGAUCAGCUCAUCCGACGGCAUCAAGAAUUCACUCAAAUCUAUAACGCACAGUGUGACUCACUCAACCCCAAAUCAGCUGAAGAGAUCGCUAAAGAAGUUGAAAACAAUGAGAGGAUGAGGAAGCAGUUGGACUGCAAGCGGAAACCUGCAAUCGUCACAACGAAGAAUCAAACGGCUGAUGAAAUUGAGGAGUUGCACUCAGUAUACAGGAAGCAGCAUUGUAGCGAAUUUUCCCAUUUAAUUGACCAGGUCAGAGGUCGUCUGGAGACAUCCAAAAGAACACAGAUCAAACAGGAAGAGGGGCAGUCAACAGAGGAGACAGACUCCAAAGAAGUGAAGAAAGAAGAACCCCCUUUCCUCUUCAAUCGAGUCUACGUUGCUGAUUUCUCUGCCAGCCCGCCGAUAAUCAGCAGCCAUACCACCCGCCGACAGAGUGAGGAAACUGCCUCCCGUCAUCACUCGAGGGUCCGAGUCGAACGACGGAUGAACACACAUUCUACAUGCGUCCCCACUCGAUCCAAGAAGAAUGUUCAGAGAGACUGAUUACAGAGAGAGGUCUCCACUCCCACUUAGAAGUAUGAAGACCCAGAGAAGAGACAUGUUCUGUACAUUUAUAUAACACGAGGAUCAGUUUCAAGGUUUUUUCUGAGCUGUAUGUGGUCUGGAACUGAAUGAGUAUUAUUUCCAAAGUGUAAUGUGUAUAGUAGUUGUUAUCAUUUCACAGUUUAUUUCUCCUAUUAAAAAAAGAAGUAUAUCUAACUUUGCGGAUAUGGAAAUUGCUACACAACUAUAUUUGUAUUUCUGUAAGGAAAGCUAAAGUUUUAGGUAAGCUUAGGGUUUAGGCUUUGGUUCUGCACACAUGAAAUGCUGUAUUAUAGCUGUGUAUGAGAAUCAACACAUAAUGUGUUGACACCAACUUUGCAGACACCAACUUUGCAGUGUUGUCUGCAACUGAGCAUAAAAGUUGGGUUCCAAAAGUUAAUAUUCCAAUAUCUUUUUUCCAUAGGUGAAUACAUUUUUAACGGUAACUUAUAAAUCUUUAAGACAGACCUUCCGUGAGCUCUGAGGUUGUUGAUCGAUGUAAUAUGCUUAAGUUAAGACCAUCAGUCCAUGUUAUUUCAAAUUCAAUAUUUAGAAAUUGGGUUUAAUAGAAUAAUUCCUGGAGAAGAACUACACUACACAUGAUCUUGAAGAGAGAAACAUUCCAUCAAUCAGAAUCACAGCCACCAACAACAACAACAAAAAACACCCAAACAAGCACUACAUGACAUACUGUGAGUGGCGCAAUCGAGUAGAAAAAUAUUAUUUUUGGUACUUUAUAUCAGCAUCUUUAAAUAGUUUUAUAUCAGUUUUAAAUUCAAUUCCAUCAUUUGGAAUGCUUUAUGGCAUUGUAAUUCAUGCACACAGUAUUUUACCUUUUGUCUUUUUGUCUGAUUUUCAAAUAUGUUAUUCUUUCAAAUUAAAGUUUGUAAUGC